AUGCGGGAAUUUUGUUUGGUGCUUCUAAUUCUUGCCACAAUUGUUGAAGCUGCAGUCAUUCAGCAUAAAAUUAAAUGGCGCCAGUCAGAACGCAUGAAAAUGGCAAAAUCCGGCCAAUGGAAAACUUUCUCGGAAAGCCGGAAGCUCAACCUUGCUGCGCCGAGAGUUUUUGCAUCGCACCAUCAGGGCUUAAUGGAUUACUACGAUCUGGAAUAUAUUGGCGAAGUCACGAUCGGGACGCCACCUCAGACGUUUAAUGUCGUUCUGGAUACCGGAUCGGCCAAUUUCUGGGUUACGUCCAAUAUUGCCCCGAGCGGCCGAAUUCCAAACACCUACAAUUCCAAUGCCUCAACAACCUAUGUAGCCGAUCCGAAAGCUUGGGAAAUCGAGUACGGCAAGGGGAAGUGCAGUGGUGUCCAGGCACGCGAUACCAUGGCUUUUGGCACCGGCAAGGAUGAACUGCGAGUACCAAACACGACGUUCGGGAUGGCCACCGAUCUCUCUGCUGACAUGACGAGUCAAGCGAACUUUGACGGUAUCCUCGGGCUUGGCUUCCAAUCACUUGCUGUUAAUAAUAUUCUACCGCCACUGAUGAACGCGCACGCUCAAGGACUCCUCGACGACCCGGUAUUCACGGUGGUUCUUGGACACCGUAACAACGACGCGGGCCCUGCCGGGCAGAUUACCUACGGAGCCAUCGACACCGAGUCGUGCACUUCCAACUUUUCCUGGGUCCCACUGAGUCGCGCGGCUUACUGGCAAUUUACGGUGUCGAAAGCCAGGUUCGGGGCGUUCAGCGGCGGUCCCUACGAGGUCAUCACCGACACAGGCACCUCGUUCAUCGGUGGUCCCGUUGAUGCCAUUACCGCUAUUAUACAGGCUCUCGGGGCUAAUUAUGACGACCAAUAUGAUAUGUAUAUGACCAGCUGUAGCGGCGAUUUUCCGGAUUUCGAACUGACGAUUGGUGGCAAGGUGUACAGCGUGACGCCGAAAAACUAUCUGCUAAACGAUUUUGAUGGCACAACCUGCGCGGCCGCCUUCUUUGCCUUUCAGAGCGACAGUCCAAACGCUCCAAAAUGGAUCCUUGGCGACCCGUUCAUCCGCCAAUUUUGCCACAUCCACGAUUUUGGCAACAACCGACUUGGGUUGCCCACACAGAAGAAAAAAUCCGCCUCAAACUACUACUUUUUGACGGGUCUUAUUGGUGCGAUUAUGAUGAAAUUGUUU